GGCGCCCCUGGAGCAGUCACAUGGGGGCCCGGCAGGAAGUAGCCUCGCAGCCCGCCGCUCCGCCACCGCCGGUGCAGCAGCCUCUGCCCUCGGCCAGCGGCAGCUCCUCUCCUGCCGCCGCCUCCCUCCGAGCGAGCCCUCUCCAAGCUCCACCUUCUCCCGCCGCUGAUUGAGCCGACGCGAGCUGAGCCGCUGCGGGCCAGGACGGCUUAUUGGCUCGCCUUCUGGGUAGGGCCCGCCUUGGUCGCCCUUGCUAGGAAGAGGCUCCUGCAUUGGAUACUUGGGAGUCCCAUAUGGCUGUGUAUGAUGAAGACCUCUUGAAGAACCCCUUCUAUUUAACUAUGCAGAAACGGCAUCCAGACCUCUGCAGGAAAGCUGCAGAAUUGCAUGGAAUUGUACUAAUACCAUGCAAAGGAAGCCUUUCAAGCAGCAUUCUCUCAACCUGCCAGUUCGACUCUUAUGUUCUGAAGCCAGUGGAACAAAGCUUUCAAACCUUGAAUGGAAAGGAAAUUUUCAUACAAGGCAACUUGAUCAUACUUGGGGCCGGCUUUAAUCAUCAUUGCUCAGUACCUGUUCUCUUUGAGGAAACUUUCUACAACGAGAAAGAAGAGAGCUUCAGCAUCCUUUGUAUAGCUCAUUCUCUGGAAAAAAAUGAGAGCACAGAAGACUCCUCAGCUCCUUCAAAUUCCUAUUCCCUGAAAAGCGUUGAGGAGGUGAGAGAAUUCUUGGGAAGGCACGCUGAGAAAUUUGAUAAAGCCAUUGCGUCAUUCCACAGGACCUUCAAGGAGCAUGACAGGAAAAGUCUGCGACACUACAUAGAUUCUGUGAAUGCACUCUACACCAAAUGCAUUCAGCAGUUACUGCGAGACUCCCACCUUAGGAUGCUUGCAAAGCAGGAACCCCAGAUGAAUCUGAUGAAACAAGCUGUGGAAAUGUAUGUCCACCAUGCUCUUUAUGACCUGAUCUUUAAAUACGUGGGGACCAUUGAGGCAAGUGAGGAUGCAGCUUUCAACAAAAUUACAAGAAGUCUGCAGGACCUGCAGCAGAAAGACCUGGGUAUCAAACCAGAGUUCAGUUUCAACAUACCACGUGCGAAACGAGAACUGGGUCAGCUGAAUAAAUGCACCUCCCCACAACAGAAGCUCCUCUGUCUGCGAAAAGUGGUGCAGGUGAUCAUGCAGUCUCCCAGUCAAAGAGUUAACAUGGACACAAUGUGUGCAGAUGAUCUCCUUUCAGUCUUGCUGUAUCUGCUGGUGAGAACCGAGAUUCCAAACUGGAUGGCCAACUUGAGUUACAUCAAGAACUUCAAGUUUUGUAGCACGGCAAAGGAUGAACUAGGCUACUGCCUGACCUCUGUUGAGGCCGCAAUAGAAUAUAUCCGUCAAGGAAACCUCUCAGACAAGCCAAUGGAAUCGGGAAGAGUUAGUGAGAAGCUCUUUUUGAGACAAAGAAUGAAUUUACUCUCUCAGAUGUCAACCACGCCAAUAGACUGCUUCUUUCAGCAUAUUGCUUCUGGGGAACAGGACGAAGUAGAGCGCUUAUUAAGCCAAGGGGACAGUGAUAAGGACACGGUGCAAAAAAUGUGCCAUCCGCUCUGUUUCUGUGACCAGUGUGAGAAGCUGGUGUCUGGGAAGCUGAAUGAUCCUUCCAUUGUCACGCCAUUUUCUAGAGAUGACCGGGGAUUCACACCACUUCAUAUAGCUGCUAUAUACGGACAAGCCUCAUUAAUUGACUUGUUAGUCUCCAAAGGCGCCGUUGUCAACGCUACGGAUUACCACGGAUCAACGCCACUUCACCUGGCUUGUCAGAAAGGCUACCAGAAUGUUACCCUCCUCUUGCUGCACUAUAAGGCAAGUACUGAAGUUCAAGACAAUAACGGCAAUACUCCACUCCAUUUAGCUUGCACUUAUGGCCAUGAGGAUUGUGUCAAGGCUUUAGUCUAUUACGACGUCCAUUCUUGUAAAUUAGAUAUUGGCAACGAAAAAGGAGACACCCCUCUACACAUCGCUUCCCGCUGGGGCUAUCAAGGGAUCAUUGAAGUCUUGCUGCAGAACGGAGCCAAUGCAGACAUUCCAAACCGAAUGAAAGAGACCGCUGUGCAGUGUGCUUUAAAUUCUACGAUUUUAUCUUUAAUGGAGCUGAACUACCUAACGUUUGAAAGAGGGAAGAGUACUUCUCAGCCCCUCGCCAAAUCUCCUCCAUGUUAUGAAGAUGCCAUCAGCCAAGUGUCCUCUCUGUCCAGCUUACCUGAGCCAGCUGCAGUCAGUAGGCAAGAAGAAACAAAAGUGAACGAUAAAGAGGUGGAAAAGCUCUUGCGAGCAGUGGCUGACGGAGACCUUGAAAUGGUUCGUUAUCUUCUGGAGUGGGUGGAGGAUGAUCUAGAAGAAGCUGAGGAAGCCAGCAGCAUGGAGAAACUCGAGUUCUGCCACCCCUUGUGCCAGUGUCCCCGAUGUGGUCCUGUGCAAAAGAAACUCCUCAGAGUCCCCUCCAGUGGCCUGGGAGUGGAUGUUGCCAACCAGGAUGGCUUGACACCGUUGCAUGUGGCCGCGCUCCAUGGGCAUGCGGACUUGGUGUCCCUCUUACUCAGACACGGAGCCAGCAGUGGGGUGAGGAACGUGAGCUGUGCGGUGCCUCUUCACCUAGCCUGCCAGAAUGGGCACUUCCAGGUUGUAAAGUGUCUGAUGGAGUGCAAUGCGAACCAAAAUAAAAAGGACAUUCAUGGCAAUACACCCUUAAUUUAUGCUUGCUCCAAUGGUUAUCAAGAGAUGGUGGCCUUCUUAUUACAGCACGGGGCCUCGGUUGGCCUUUCCAAUCACCGAGGCAAUACAGCCCUCCACAAUGCUGUGAUCGGGAGGCAUGAAGCUGUGGUUGAGCUGCUUCUGCAGUAUGGAGCAUCGGCCCACCUGAGGAACCACAGGCAGCGCACCCCGCUGGAUUAUGCAGAACCAAAUUCAGGUAUCCUCAAGCUGUUACAAGCUGUUCCAGUCCCCGAAGAGGAGGAACCUAAAGACUGCCGUGCUCACAUGGCUGGGAAGAUCAGGGACAAAAUCGGUGCUAAAUCUCCUGAGACAGCAGACGAUCUCAUUGCUCGGCGACUGCAGAUGGUCCAGUCAAUCAACCAGUUUAACAAAUCAAAAUAUUUGCGGAAAACCAUAACAAGAGAUAAAAGCGUCCCUAAUUUUGAUGAUGAAUUACUGCACCAGUUAUCUAUUAAGAGCAAGCUAAAGCCUGUGGAUCUUUUAGAGCAAAGCAGAGCAGAAAUCUUUGAUGCCAGCAGUGGAGGUGAACCUGCAAGAAACAAAGGCAAGGAUGUGGCAGCUGCACCGCCUCCUGGAAGCAAACGCAUGCAUCGGAGCCACACGGUUAAUGUUGCCCUUUCAGCAGCAGAUGCAGACGACAUCUGCGAUUUAUCCAGUUCCAGAGAUCCAAGUGUUUCCUCAGCAGAGGGCUGAUGACUGAAGCUUUCAAAACACUGACAAGGAAACAAGCUUCCUGCCAAGAAACAAAAGAACCAGGUGGCAUCUUUUCCCACCAGGCAUUAAAAAAGAAUCAAAGGAUGCUUGGGAUCAAGGUUUUCAAAAAUGGGAUCAGAAGGGCUGGUUGGCAGGAAGGAAGUGGUACUCCUCUUCCCAACUUGAUUUGCACUUUUGGCGACAGAAUCCUGUUUUUAUUUGCAGAUAAAUCCACAAGAUUCAAUUGUUUGGUUCAUCUUAAAAAAAACAACAAAAACAUACAGAGAUGUCAAAAUACGAAUUCCUAUACUGUAAAGAGUGGUGAUGGUGCAGAAGAGGAGUUCUCUGUGGGAUUUCCAAGGCCCGGCAAUUCUAGUUUCAAAAGGCACUGGUUUGCUUUGGCUGCCAAAUACUUGAAGUGCAGCAUCCUUGCAUUGUGAGGCACUCUGUAUAAAACUUGACACAAAAGGCAAAAUUGCAGUUCUUUAGUUCUUACCAAUUUCAUUGGCAUGUAGGCCAUACAGUGGCCAAAGAGUUGGAAGGUGGGAGGCUAAAGCAACUGCUUUUAACAAAAUGUUUGUAGAGUGGGCGUGCAAUUAAGAGAUUUUCUCUGAAAAAGCACAGUGGAGAUGUAACAAGAAUGCUUUUAUUUUUGUUGAGCACCUGCAGAAGUGAACAGAUGCUUAACUUCCUGUGCAGAGGUGAUAGCCUGACCUUGUUCCACUUAAAAUUACAACAAUGCAUUGAGCAUUUACGUUUUGGAGAAGGGUCUCAACUGGCAUACUUAAACACACACAUGCAGACUGAUAUAUUCACACACACCUUUAGAGAUGGGGUGUCAGUUUCAGUAAACAUUCUGUUCAAAUCUCUUUAUUUUUAAAGAGGUUGAAUGAUCACUUGAACAGCAUGACUUUGAUCAAUUUCACCUUUUAUUUUUAUGUAAGAUUUGUAUACAGAACCUUGCUUUUUUAAAAUUUAGUUUAAUAAUCUACAUGGGGAUAAAGUCAAAUUGACCUGUCAUGAUUUCUCUUUACAGAAUGUUUAAGUGUAGGUACAACAGUAAAGCUUUAGGCUGCUCCUAAAGGAGGAUAGGUAUAUUUUUCUAAGCACUUCUGAGUUCAUCUAGUUUUCUUAUGUGCCUUGGAUUUGUGCCAAAUGAUGGAAGGGAAAAAUAGUAAAGUUAACAAAUCUA